AUGGUUGAUUGUAGAACUAGUAUGACUAAGUUCUUGGCUGGAGUAUCUGGUUAUGUUGUGAAAGAGUGUAGAUCUGCUAUGCUUAAUAGGGAUAUAGACCUUUCAACAGUAAUGAUUCAUGCUCAGCAAAUUAAAGUGGACAAAUUCCAGAGACAUUCUCUUAUGCCAACACCUUCAUCAGCCAGUAAUUCUGCAUUCAGAAUAAGGCCAAAGCAGGGUAGUAGGCCUAUUAUGUCCAGGUCCCAGGAUAGUGUGAGUAACAGACCUCAUUCUCCUGGUGCCUCAUCUAGUACUGCAGGUGGUCAGCGGCAGAAUCACUUUUAUGCUAUACCACCCCACCUAGAGCAGGAGAAUUCACCAGAUGUUGUUACUGGUACGCUUUGUGUAUCUCAUUUUGAUAUAUAUGUGUUGAUGGAGCCUGGGUAA